AUGCGGCCGAAGUUGCUUACGAAUAGAGGAAGCGCAUUACGAACACUUGCCAUUGUUGAUACUGCCGUCUACCAAUUCUCUUCUCGCAAGCCAUAUUCUCGUGUGACUUCCCUACGCUCUCACACGCACACCUGGACCAUGGCUUCUCAAAAUACACCCCUGGCUGAUUUGGAAGCUGCACAUCUGCCUCCUCCUUCAAGUACUAGCUCCCUCUCCAGACCGCCGUCCUACAUGGAACAAGACAUGGCCGAACCUCUGCCCACUUACAAAGACGUCGCUCUAGGGAAGAUCCAGCAACAGCGACUUAGAUUGCCGAAACCACGUUCGAGGCGCGCUCAAGUCUCCAUUGCCACUUGCUUCGCCGUCCUCUGCAUCGGUCUAGUUGUCAUUCCUCUCGCGCUCACGCAUGGACAUCUAGACACCAACGGCGAUGAAUAG